AUGUCAGAAGAAAAUCCAGGUGUUGUAUUAGUAAAAGCUGGUGAAUUAAAAUUCGAAGAUUUACCAAUUCCUAAAAUUGAGAAACCAGAUGAAUGUAUUAUUGAAAUUAAGGAUAUAACAGUAUGUGGUUCAGAUACUCAUUAUUAUAAAGCUGGUGAAUUAGGACCUUUCAAAUUAAAAGCACCAAUGGUUAUGGGUCAUGAAUGUAGUGGAGUCAUUUCUCAAGUUGGUAAAGAUGUUAAGGAUUUAAAAGUAGGAGAUAGAGUUGCAAUUGAACCAGGAGUUGUUAAAUCUAGAGCUGACAAAUUUUAUAAAGAAGGUCGUUAUAACUUAAGUCCAAUGGAUUUUGCAGCUACUCCUGAUCCAAAUGGUAAUAAUCCUCAAGGUGCCUUAUGUAAAUACUACAAGUCUCCUGCUGAUUUGUUAUAUAAACUACCAGAUAAUCUUAGUUUGGAAUUAGGUGCAUUAUGUGAACCAUUAAGUGUUGGAGUUCAUGGUAUUAGAAGAUCAAAUUUACAACCUUUACAACCCGUAGUCGUCUUUGGAGCUGGUCCAGUGGGAAUACUAUUAGCUGGUGCAGUUAGGGUUUUAUAUGGAAGUGAAGUUUUAUUGGUAGAUAUUGUUGAUGAGAAAUUGAAAUUAGCAAAAGAAAUUGGAGCUUGUACUCAUACUUAUAAUUCAAAAGAUGGAAAUGUUGACGACUUGAUCAAAGCAUUUGAUGGAACAACACCAAUUGUUUCUUAUGAAUGUACUGGUGCUCCUCCAUGUAUUGAUUUAGCUGUAAAAUCGGUUGAAACAGGUGGGAGUGUAGUACAAGUUGGAAAUGCUCUGUCACCAACUGUCCCAUUUCCAAUCACUGAUUUUUCAAAUAGAGAAUUAACAUUAUACGGUUCAUUUAGAUAUGCCUAUGGUGAUUAUCCAACUUCAAUCAAGUUAUUGGAAAAAAAUUAUGCAAAUGGUAAAGAAAAAGCCCUUGUUGAUUUUGAAAAAUUAAUUACGAAUGUAUUCCCAUUUAAAGAUGCUAUAAAAGCUUAUGAAUUUGCUGCAAAAGGUAAAGAUUACGUCAAGAUAUUAAUCAAAGGUCCAGAAUAA